ACCUUUCAAGAUCCCCCUUAAUUCUGUCUCCGUCUCCCUUCCCUCUAAUUCCUCACCUCUUCUUUCGCUGAAAAUAUAUCUAAUCUGUCAUCUUUUAGAUUAAGAGCAUGGACAAUCAACGCAGCCCUCUGCUUAGUUGGGCUUACUACUGCCAGGGCAAGUCAAUGGAGGAGCUGAGGCAGUCCCUGUUGUACACCACUCUUGAGCUGGAAGAAACAAGAGCUGCAGCGCAGGAGGAACUCAGAAAGAGGGAUGAUCAACUGGUUAAUCUCAAGGAUCUGCUUAACAAGACCAUUAAAGAGAGAGACGAAGCACGCGAGAAAUGCCACAGGCUUCUCUUGGACAAGUUUGUUCUACAGCAGCAACAAGCAGCUCCUCUUUCUGGAGUUUCCAGCAUUGAGGACGAACCCAGAAGGGGAAUUGACUCCAACAAUGGCCUCUCUUCAUCGGAUUGUGAAGAAAGCAUUGUUUCUUCUCCGGUUAUUGACCAUUUCCCUCAACCCCAGUUGCCGCCACAGCCGCCAUUACCGGCGACCCAAUCCAUGAUGGAGUUGGCUCCUGAGAAGCCGUUACCAGAAAAAGGCAAGCUUUUGCAGGCGGUGAUGAAAGCAGGCCCUCUGCUUCAGACUCUGCUUUUGGCAGGACCACUUCCUCAAUGGAGACACCCGCCACCCCCACUCGACUCUUUUGAGAUUCCUCCAGUCACCAUUCCUUCACCGCCGCCGGCGCCGCCGGCAAUACCACCACAGCUUCUCCACCAAGAUUCCUUCAUCAAUACUAACGGUGCUGGCAGCACUCCCAUCAACUGCGGAAGAAUUAGUAGAAAGAGGGCUUUCUGUCAGGGCUCUGAGAAUCCCACAGAGGCCAAGUACCAAAGGGUCGUACUCCUUGACUGCCGGAUUUGGCCGAUUAAUUUAUGAUUUACAUAUUUCGUAGUUAUUAGGAUUAAAGGUU